AUGCCAUUGUUUAAAAAGUUUGUGGAACCUGGAAGACUUUGUCUUUUGACUUAUGGUCCAAACUCUGGAAAGCUUGUUUUUGUCGUUGAUAUCGUUACUCCAACAAGAGUUUUAGUUGAUGGUGCCGAUGUUACAGGUGUUAAAAGACAACAAGUACCGAAGACAUGGUUAAAAUUGACAGAUGUGAAGGUAGAAUUACAGAGAGGAGCUAGGACUGGCACGUUGUCAAGAGCUGCUAAGGCACAGAAGGCUCUGGAACUGUUUGAUAAGACAAGUUUGGGUAAGAAGUUACGUGUCGCAGAGAAGAAGAGGAACCUCAAUGACUUCCAAAGGUUCAAACUCAUGGUAGCCAAAAGACAAAGAAGAAAAUUACUCAAGUCCUCUUAA